AUCAUCGCGAAGAGAUGGGCGCCAAAAACCCUGGCGGGAUAGGGUUGGAGGUUCUCGACGAGGUCGAUCGGCUGUUCCAGCUAGCCGGCGCGACAAGGGCGUGUGGAUUGGCACGGCUGGAGCAUUUGCACUGGCGCGGCGCCUGGCAGCGUGAUUUCUAAGUUGCUUUCUCGGAUUUUCGGUGGAUCUAGAGUCUCGAUUGUAGAGUUUCGGUGUAAGAUACUAUCUACAGGUAAGAACUAGCGGACAUAGAUAGGUAGAUUAUGGAGAAGAGGAAAGAGGAUCCCUACACUGUUCUUGGUGUCCAAAAGUCGAGUUCUAGCUCGGAAAUUCGCUCCGCUUAUCGGAAGCUCGCCAUGAAAUGGCAUCCAGAUAAGCAACACUCUUUAGAGGAUCAAGCAAAAGCGAAGUUCCAGGGCAUUCAAGAAGCUUAUUCAGUGCUAUCCGACGACAAAAAAAGAGUUCUUUAUGAUUCGGGACUUUAUGACGAGGGAGAUGACGAGGGAAUGCAAGGCUUUAUGAGCGAGAUGGUUGCGAUGAUGUCUACUAGCUCCAAGGUACACACGAACGAGCUCAUGAACGAGCUCAAGGAUAUGUUCGAUCAAAUGGUCGACAGUUACACACCGCAAAGCUCAAGCUCGGGUUCCGAUCCACGUAGCAUGUUUGGUGCGCAAGCGUACUCGUCGUCAAGCUGCUCCAAUGCGACUUCAUUCUACUGCGAGCCUGUUGAGCCGUUCUUCAAGAGUUUUAGCAGCAGCCAAAACUUUUGCAUUGGACAUCAGGAAGGCGAGUCCGCAAGGCAGAAGCUGCACAAGAAGGGUCACCGGCGACGAAAAUGUCCAUAUGAUCAGGGUACUCGCGCCUAGUUGACUUAUCAGGUUGAUAAUUUGUAUGAACGCGACGUGGCUGAAUCCCAAACGCCGGAUGGCUGGGCAAUCCGGCUAGAACACGUCGCUGCCACAUGUUCUAACGGCAGGGCCGCCGUCGCACAUUCUUUGAAGAAAACUUUCUUUUCUCA